AUGUGCAUCAACCUAGACAAGAACAAGGUGACAAUCGGGAAACUCAGCAAGGUUGGAAAGGUGAGCGCUAAAGUUCUGGAGGAGACUUAUCGAAAGUGGGUUCAGUACAAAGAAGACUGUUUCAACACGAUAAGAAAUGAGUCACUGCCUCAAACGGGCUUGUUCUGUAACCGGACGUUUGACAGGUAUGCCUGCUGGCCAGAUACUCCUGCUGGUGUUAUGAUCAACAUCUCAUGCCCGUUCUACCUGCCCUGGUAUGACAAAGUGUCCCAGGGUGUUGUGCGUAGGUGAUGUGGAUAUGAUGGCCACUGGGAGAGAGAGGACAACGGACAGGUGUGGAGGGAUAAGACACAAUGUGAGGAGGAAAAAGAGGUUGCGUCUCAGGAGCUGUGGUUCAAACAGUUAAUGGUGAGCUUCAGGAUGCUGUACACUGUUGGCUAUUCCUUGUCCCUCUUCACGCUUAUAACAGCUCUCAUCAUUCUUCUAAGCCUUAGGAAACUGCAUUGCACCAGAAACUACAUUCACGCUAACCUCUUCCUGUCCUUCAUCCUGCGAGCUGUAGCGGUCAUUGUUAAAGACACAAUGUUGGAACAUCACUGGGGAAGAGAAAUCAUGAAGCCGACUGAUGUGAGUGAGAUGCUCAGUCAUCAGGCUGCUGUUGGUUGCAGGAUAGCACAGGUGAUCAUGCAGUACUGUGUCCUGGCCAAUCAUUAUUGGUUCUUUGGAGAGGCUAUUUAUCUGUACUCAGUGUUUAUUGCUUCAGUCUUCAUUGACAGCAACAAAUACCUACUUUACAUCUAUCUCGGUUGGGGAACUCCACUGUUGUUCGUUGUUCCCUGGGUGGUGGCGAAGAUGUUGAAAGAAAACAAAGAGUGUUGGGCUGUCAAUGAGAACAUGAACUACUGGUGGAUUAUUCGUUUCCCGGUUCUUUUAGCUACACUUAUAAAUUUUCUGAUUUUCACGAAGAUCCUGAAGGUCAUAUUUUUCAAAUUGCGAGCCAGCAACCCAACUCAUUACACCGAUUACAAACUUCGGCUCGCCAAGGCAACUCUUACCCUCAUUCCUCUGUUUGGAAUUCAUGAGGUGAUUUUCGUCUUUGCUACAGAUGAGCAGACGACAGGCGUUCUGCGCUAUAUCAAAGUGUUCUUCACACUUUUUAUCAGUUCCUUUCAGGGAUUUCUGGUGGCUGUGCUCUACUGCUUUGGCAAUAAAGAGGUGCAGGCAGAGCUAAAGAGGAAAGUGGGCAGGUGGAGAAUGGGGACAGAGACUGUAUGCUGUGGACAGUGA